AAUGGCUUUAAGCGUUCUCACAUAUCCAACUCUAUAAGAUACAUUUCCUUCUCUGAGAUAUUUUACUUUAUUUUGCUGUGGAAUCUUAUUCUUUGCAUUCGCUCUGCACUCUCCAGCUCCCUCAAGUGAAUGCUCCUUCGUUGCUGGAGUUAUCUCUUCCGCUUUGGGGCAAACGGGUUUCCGAUUUGAUUAAUCUCCGGCGAUAAUGCCUUCUUCUACCGUUAAAGCUGUCUCGUUCGUUUGGGUUAAAGAUCCGGAGGAGGCAUGGUUAGAUGGUGAAGUUAUUGAGGUUAAUGGAGAUGAUAUUAAGGUCCAAUGUACCUCAGGGAAGACGGUUGCUGUCAAAGUUUCAGACACACAUCCAAAAGAUAUGGAAGUUCCACCUUCUGGAGUCACCGACAUGACAACGCUAGCGUAUCUACAUGAACCAGGGGUCCUGCAAAACUUGAAAUCAAGAUAUCAUAUAGACGAAAUAUAUACUUAUACAGGAGAUAUCUUGAUUGCUGUGAACCCUUUUAAACAACUAGCGAACCUUUACAAUGACCAUAUGAUUGAACACUAUAAAGGAGCCCCCUUUGGAUCAUUGAUGCCCCAUCCGUUUGCAGUUGCGGAUGCAGCUUACAGACAAAUGAUUAAUGAAGGAGUUAGUCAAUCAAUCUUGGUAAGUGGUGAGAGUGGAGCAGGGAAGACUGAAACUGCUAAAACGCUUAUGAAGUACCUGGCAAAAAUGGGAGGUCGAGCUGUCAAAGAUCUCUCGGCCAGAAGGAGUGUAGAAGAUCAAGUUUUGGAGUCCAAUCCUGUUUUAGAAGCAUUUGGGAAUGCAAAAACCGUCAGGAACAACAAUUCAAGUCGAUUUGGUAAAUUCGUGGAGAUUCAGUUCGAUCAAAGGGGAAGGAUAUCAGGAGCUGCCAUCAAGACUUAUUUGUUAGAGAGAUCAAGGGUGUGCCAAGUGUCAGAUUCUGAGAGAAACUAUCACUGCUUUUACAUGCUUUGUGCUGCACCAUCAGAGGACAUUAAAAAACUAAAAUUAGAGGAUCCAACAACAUACCGUUAUCUGAAUCAGUCUCAUUGUAUUAAGUUAGAGGGAAUGGAUGAUUCGAAAGAGUAUGCUAAAACCCGAGAAGCAAUGGGCAUUGUUGGGAUAAGCGUAGAGGAGCAGGAAGCAAUAUUUCGAGUUUUGGCAGCUAUUCUUCAUCUAGGUAACAUAGAAUUUACCAACGGAGAAGAAACAGACUCUUCAGUUCCAAAAGACAACAAGUCACUGAAGAUUGCGGCUGAGCUUUUCAUGUGUGAUGAGCAGGCACUGGAAGAUUCUCUCUGCAAACGUGUAAUGGUGACACCUGAAGAAACGAUAUCUAGAUGUCUGGAUCCUGAAUCUGCAGCAUUCAGUAGAGAUGCUUUGGCAAAAUUUGUGUACGCUAGAUUGUUUGAUUGGAUCGUAAACAAGAUCAAUAAUUCAAUUGGGCAAGAUCCUGACUCAAAACACAUGAUAGGAGUGCUGGAUAUUUAUGGAUUCGAGAGUUUCAAGACAAACAGUUUUGAGCAAUUUUGCAUCAAUUUGACCAAUGAGAAACUUCAACAUCACUUUAAUGAGCACGUCUUAAAGAUGGAACAAGAUGAGUACAAGAAAGAAGAAAUUGCCUGGAACCACAUCGAGUUCCCAGAUAAUCGGGAAGUUUUGCAACUUAUUGAGAAGAAACCUGGUGGUAUUAUUGCUCUCCUGGACGAGGCUUGCAUGUUCCCAAGAUCAACACACGAAACGUUUUCUCAAAAGCUGUACGAAACAUUUAAAACGAACAAGCACUUUAGCAAGCCAAAGUUAGCUCGUACUGACUUCACAGUUUGUCACUAUGCUGGUGAUGUCACUUAUCAAACCCAGCAGUUUCUGGAAAAGAACAAAGAUUAUGUUGUUGCUGAGCAUCAGGCUCUGCUAGGUGCUUCCAGGUGCACUUUUAUUGCAGGUUUAUUUCCUAGUCUAGUGGAAGAUGCUAGCAAACAGACGAAGUUCUCUUCUGUAGCUUCACAAUUUAAGCAACAACUGGCAUUAUUGAUGGAACGUCUUAGCACUACUGAGCCUCGCUAUAUUCGUUGCGUGAAGCCCAAUAAUCUUCUGAAGCCCUCUAUCUUUGAGAACCAAAACGUUCUGCAACAGCUACGUUGUGGGGGUAUGAUGGAGGCAAUAGAGAUUUGUCGUGCUGGAUAUCCUACACGAAAACAUUUUGAUGAAUUCCUGGACAGAUUUAGUGUCCUAGCUUCUUCUACUUUGGAUAAGUGUUCUGAUGAGAAAGCAGCUUGCAAGAAACUUCUGGAGGCAGUUGGACUCAAGGGAUACCAGAUUGGAAAGACGAAAGUUCUCCUCAUGGCUGGGCAGAUGGCUGAAUUAGAUGCUCGGAGGACUGAUGUCUUGGGAAGAGCAGCCAGAAUUAUACAGAGGAAAUUCCGCUCCUACAUGCUCCUCAAAGCUGCAAUCAAUAUGCAGGCUGUGUGCAGAGGCCAACUUUCUCGACAUAUAUUUGAGGACUUGCGCAGAAAGGAAGCGGCUGCUUUGAAGAUACAGAGAGCUUUGCGGAUCUACCUUGAAAGGCGGUCUUACAUUGAAGCUGUGGUUACAGUUCAGUCAGGUUUGCGUGGUAUGGCUGCUCGCGAUGUACUAGGAAGGAAGAUCAAGGCCACACUUGCUAUUCAGAUUCAUUGCCGUAGAUACCUGGCCGAGUCGCACUACAAGAAGCUGAAGAAAGCAGCGAUUACUACACAAAGUGCAUGGAGAGCAAGGCUAGCCCGUAAAGAACUGCGAGAGCUUAAGAUGGCUGCAAAGGAAACUGGAGCCCUACAAGCUGCCAAGAGUAAGCUUGAGAAGCAAGUGGAAGAUCUCACGCUGAGACUGCAGCUAGAGAAACGCAUGAGGGUGGACGUGGAAGAAAGUAAAACACAAGAAAAUGCGAAACUGCAAUUAGCAUUGAAGGAAAUACAACUCCAGUUCAAGGAAACCGAAGUGUCUCUCUUAAAGGAAGUUGAAGCUGCGAAAAAGACUGCAGAAAUGGUUCCACCGGUAGUAAAGGAGGAGGUUCCUAUUGUUGUUGACACCGAGCUUGUGGAGAAACUCAAGAGUGAAAAUGAUAACCUCAAGUCAAUGUUAAGUUCGCUGGAGCAGAAGAUUGAUGAAACAGAGAAAAAAUUCAAGGAGAAGGUGAAGCAGGCUUUAGAGGCUGAAGACAAAAUUGUUAAUUUGAAGACCGCCAUGCACAAACUCCAAGAGACGCUAGAGGAUGUGAUAAACGAAAAUCAUGUUUUGAAGCAAUCUGCCUUAAGCACACCCGUUAAGACAGCAUCAGGACGUUUCUUCCCUUCUACUCCAGUAAAGAACUUGCAAAAUGCCGAAGAAAAUCAACUCACUGGCACUAUGUUUACAACACCAGCAAGGAUACAAGAAUCCAGGGGUGGUUCCCAUAUUGAUCCUCAAAAUGAGGAUGUGGAUGACCUAAUCAACUGUGUCACAAAAAACGUUGGAUUUAGUCAGGGGAAGCCAGUAGCGGCAUUUACCAUCUACAAAUGUCUUCUUCAUUGGAAAUCCUUUGAAGCAGAGAGAACCAAUGUAUUUGAUCGUCUUAUUCAAAUGAUUGGUUCUGCUAUUAAGAAUGAAGAAGACAACGCUAAUUUGGCAUAUUGGUUAUCCAACACAUCGACCUUGUUGUUCAUGCUACAACAAAGUCUCAGAUCUGGUGGAACCGGGGCCACUCCACUUCGAAAGUCACCUUCCUUGGUCCGAUGGAUGACCAAGGGUUUCCGUUCGCCAGCGGCUGAAGCGAUUCGACCAGUUGAUGCCAAGGCUCCAGCUCUGCAUUUCAAGCAGCAGCUUGCAGCAUAUGUUGAAAAGAUUAUUGGGAUUAUGUGGGAUAAACUGAAAAAGGAAUUGAACACUUCCCUUACUCUCUGCAUCCAGGCACCAAAAACGUUCAAGGGGACAGCGCUAAUGUCUGAUAGCACUGCUAAAUACUGGCAAGGGAUUAUUGAAGGACUAGAUGCAUUGCUAAGCACACUUAGAGAGAACUUUGUUCCUCUGGUUCUUAUCCAGAAGAUACUUUCUCAGGCUUUCUCACUAAUCAAUGUCCAACUGUGGAACAGCGUUAUGACGCGACCAGAUAACUGUUCAUUUAUCAAUGGAGAAUAUUUAAAAUCUGGUUUAGAAAAGUUAGAGAACUGGUGCUUGGAAACAAAUGACGAGUAUGCUGGCUCAUCCUGGGAUGAACUCAAACAUAUCAGACAGGCUGUUGGAUUCUUGCGCAUCCAUAAUAAGUUCAAAAUCUCAUACGAUGAGAUUGCAAAAAAGUUGUGUCCAAUCCUUAGAAUACAGCAGCAUUUCAGAUUAUGUACUCUGUAUAAGGAUGAAAUCUACUACACAAAAAGUGUUUCGCAAGAGGUCAUCGAGAACAUGGCAGGAGUUAUGACAGACAGCAGCGACUUCUUGUUAAAAGAUGAUUCUAGCAACAGUAUAUCUUUCUUGAUCGAUGACUUGUCGAGUUCAAUGCAAGAUAAGGACUUUGCGCAAGUGAAACCUGCCGAGGAGCUUGUGGAGAAUCCAGCUUUCAGUUUCUUGCAAUAGUGUAACCUCAGAGAAACCAAAAACAAGAACACCAUUCAAAAAAAAAAAAAAAAAACAGGAUGAAGAAUCUCUCAGAUGAACUUUUGCUAAUUCGUUUCUCAUUCUAUCUCUCUCUGGCAGAGAUAUUGUGUUUUGCUGGGAGGAAAAAAAA